UGCAUUGCACCUUCACACACGCGCACACACUUGUCCUCUUACACUCACAUCCACUCUUCGUCCUCCCCCGUACAUACUUGCUGGCUACUGCGACUACUGCUCUUACUUACGUACUUACAUACUGCUUACUGCCAUUACUUACAUACAUACCGUCCUGCCAGUCUCCUUUCCAGUCAUCAUACAUACAUACAACCUGCCCAUACAUACAUACAACUGCCACUACCACACAGAUCUUCCCCCCUCCUCCUGUUUCUAAAGGAAGAACACCCCUGCUGUCUGCUUAUCCUUGGCCAAAAACGACCCGUGGGACGUGACUGUCGACUCACAUCAUCCUGCAUUUGUCCUCUCGUUCCCCCCUCCUCGUCCCGUCAUUUUAAAGCAACAGUCCUCGCUCACUCGCUUUUACCAAUGUCCAACAAUCCCCACGAUCUCAGCGACCCUACGCGACAGGGACAGUAUCCACCACCUCAGUGGAACACUAGUCAACCCGAGGACAACCCUUCGGUGCACUAUCCGCCUGCUUCUCAGUAUCCGUAUCCUCCGGCUUCCUAUCCUCCUCCGACGGCCGAUCACCAAUACCCGCAUCCCCCGCAAUCGCAGUAUCCGCCUCCGCCUAACAUGGCUGCAAUCCAUCCCCACGUCCAGGGCCCGCAAGACCCGUACCGUCUUCCUCCACCUCCUGGUUCUUAUCGUCCAGAUAUCUAUACACAGGCGCCUCCUCCACCACCCCAGGUAGUCUAUCAAGCUGCCGCCCCGCGUCAACGGACUGCCAUCGCUUGUCGUUACUGUCGGAGACGGAAGAUUCGUUGCUCGGGAUUUGAAAGCUCUCAAGAUGGACGCUGCAGCAAUUGUAUCCGGUUUAACCAAGAGUGCAUGUUCACCCCUGUCUCAUCGCAAGCGCAGGCUUUCGUCCCCGCCCAUGCUGCGUACCCACACCUGCGCAAUCCGCAAAACCAGAAUCGACCUGUCACGCUAUAUGGAGCGCAUGGCCAACCGCUCCCGCCCCAACAGCAACCGCAAGCCGACCCGACUCUUCCACCACCGCAAGGAAUGUACCAACAUUAUCCGGGCGCCCAUGCCCCCCUUGCAUCAGGAGCACCGGAUCAUAGGCCUGGACGUCGAGGUUCUGGCUCCGGUUACGACUAUCCCGAUCCCACCAACUUGGCUCCGGUAACACCUGUGACCUCAGCAUCUGGCUAUCAAACGCACAAUGCCCCUGGUCCAUACUACCCCGCGCCGCCGCAGCAUGACCGCCGCCCUUCGCCGCAAUCAAGUUAUCCCUACGACAGCCGCCAUUCCUCCUCGCCCCACAGUUCGCCCUAUCCUCCGAUGCAUCCCACUCAGGGUGCAAUGACCCCUCCGCCCACUUCCACUCCAGGUGGCUCAACUCGUGCAGGGCUCAAUGUGCGUGACAUGCUGAACCCAGGGGACAGCCAAGGUCGCUCUAGUACCGAUAGUGAUAUGCUCAACGCAUUGAACCGUCGGGGUCUGAACCAAUAAACACCUCCACCGACAUUUCCCAGUCCGCUUGUGAUAGCCUACAGGGAGGGUCACACGCGUGCAAUGUCGUGCGGGGAGGGGAGCUCCAGAAUGGAGAUAAGAAUGAAACUCGAUUCUAUGUUGGUGGUUGGUGGAUGCGCGUGGUUCGUGUGCUGGUCACACAUUCCCCCACAUGGCGCGGUCAAUACGUUGUUGCGCGUGUGCUGAUUCAGUAGCGGUCUUCAUACUGUUUCUUGGACGGGAUACGGGCGCAGCGAGUAGACGCAAGGGAAAAAAAGGUUGCAAUACGUGUGAUGUGUGAACGGAUUUCCUCUUUCUAAAGGCGCCUUCUGG